GCAGGGGUUUUUAUUCUCUCACGCCCAACAAACAACGAACGAACGAACGAACGAACGAACGCUACUCUCUCAGCCUCCGAUCGUCGAUCUUCGACUCUCUCUCUCUCUCUUAUCGCAGCCAAGAGCAACGCCAUCGCGGUAAACAUGUCACUAAAAGAAAGCUUAGAAAGAUUUAAGAAGCAGCAAGAGAAGUGCCAGACAACCCUUUCCAGCAUUGCCUCUACCAAGGCCGCGGCAGCUCCGAGACCCGCUCCUGCAGCAGCUAGGGCUCCUCCUCCAGCUGUCAAAUUUUCAAAUGAUACAGAGAGACUCCAACACAUUAAUAGCAUCCGGAAAGGCCCUGUUGGAGCUCAGAUCAAGCGUGUUAUAGACCUGCUGUUGGAGACAAGGCAAGCCUUUACGCCAGAGCAAAUUAAUGAAGCAUGUUAUGUUGAUGCGAAUGCUAACAAAGCUGUCUUUGACAGUCUGAGGAAUAACCCAAAAGUUUAUUAUGAUGGGAGGCGCUUCUCCUAUAAGUCCAAGCAUAAUGUGACGGAUAAAAACCAGCUUCGUUCUUUAAUACGGAAAUAUCCAGAGGGCAUAGCUGUCAUUGAUCUCAAGGAUGCAUACCCGAAUGUGAUGGACGAUUUGCAGGCUUUGAAAGCUGCAGGUGACAUCUGGCUGCUUUCAAACUUUGAUUCACAAGAGGAUAUAGCAUAUCCAAAUGACCCCAGGUUGCCUGCGAUGAAUGUUGAUGAUGAGCUUAAGGUGCUCUUUAGGUCGAUUGAAUUACCUCGUGAUAUGAUUGACAUUGAGAAAGAACUCCAGAAGAAUGGGAUGAAGCCAGCCACGGAUACUGCAAAGAGGAGGGCCUUGGCACAGAGUCAAGGCAUUCCUAACAAAGCCAAACCCAAGAAGAAGAAGCACGAGAUCAGCAAGAGGACAAAGCUUACAAACGCCCAUCUUCCGGAGCUAUUUUCUAGACCCUAAAAAGUUAGGUGAAGCUGCUAUGUGAAAGGUCUGCAAGAUGUUAUGGAUGUAAGCAGAUUGUACAAAACAUAUUGGAAGACAGAUAAGAUAGCCCAAAAAUGUACUUGAAAUAUCCCCUAUGUUUUUUGCUCCGAAAUGCCAGUUUGAGGAUUGAAUUUGUUCUUAUCAAAUGCUAUGAUUUAGGAACCUGAAAUUUCUACUCCUACGUUUCAGUUA